AUGGUCGACGAUGUUCUUAUUGAUGCCAACGGUCCACUACUAACGCCACUCUCGCCCAUACCAGAGAACGACAAGGUAAAGCAUAAGCUCUUCCUAGAGCAAGAACAGCGAUACAGCUGGAACAGCCAGAGUCGACAUUGGAGCGAGUUCGUCAGGGCGUGGCGGGAGCGGUGCCCCGAGCCCAAGAGCUCCGAGGCCUUCCGUCAAUGGAUGGACGAUACUAAGAAGUGUUACCAAAUCCUCUGUGCUGGAUGGGAACGUCGGGAAAGCGAAGCCUCUGGCUUUGCUGUGGACAUCUG